AUGAAAAAUCGUAAUCGUCAUCAUGUCGAUGUUGGCGCGGUGUUGGCUGACAACGAAAUUCUUUGCCAACGAAGUUCUAACUUCCAAUCAGAAGCUGAAAGCGAUGCUGAGCAUUCUUCGGAAAGUGAGGAAGGAACCACAGGAAGCGAUGAAGACUAUCAAUUGAGCAAUGAAGAAGUGACACAAUCGGAUUCCGAUGACUCUUUAUCGACAAAUAGUGAUCACCGUGAGAAUACGGUUGAAGGGAAAAAGGAGACCAAGAAGCACGAGGAAUCGCUUAAUAUCACCGUCGGUAAUAAUGAACACGCUUCGGCUCCCGAUGAUAGGGAUCUCCUCGUGGACGGGGUUUCUUCAAAGGUUAAAAGGCACUUUUGUUUAUACUGCCAGAAGUUCCAGUCUAAGUUGGCACGACAUUUAGAGCUAGUCCACGGUAAGGAGAGUGAGGUCAGGAAAUUUAUUUUGUUACCACCAAAAAACAAAGAGAGACAAUCUAUCAUUGCAACUAUUAGGAAAAGAGGUGAUCAUCUUUACAACACCGAUCGACGUUUCAAUAAAGGUACGCUAAUUGUCUGCAGAAGACCCAAUGAAAAGAUGAAGAAAAAGGCCGAAGACUUUCUUCGCUGUGGAUACUGUAAGGGGCAGUAUACUAGAUCUGUUCUCCGUCAUCAUUGGAAAAAAUGUACUCAACGCUCUGGGAAAAAUGAAAGAAUCAUUUUAGUUAAAGGUAGGAAAGUUGCUGGGCGAAUACAUCCACGAGCUAGUAUGGCAGUGAGAACAUAUAUUUUUCCAUAUUUACGAGAAGAUGAUGUCGUUCGCAGUAUUCGUUACGAUGAAUUGGUGAUUAUUUAUGCAAACAAACAGUGCGAAAAAUAUGGAACGUGUCAACACCAGUAUCAGAUGGUCCGCGCGAAGAUAAGGCUGCUUGGACGCUUUGUUCUGGCCAUUAAACGACGUGACAAGCGUAUCUCUACCCUUUCCGAUGUGUAUCAGCCUCGUUUCUAUGAUGCAACUAUUGAUACUGUGAGAGUAGUAGCCGGAUUUGAUCUUGAGAAAAAUAUAUUCGCACACCCAGCAACAGCUUUUAGCCUCGGUACACUGCUGAAGAAAACUGGAGAAAUAUUACGUUCAGAAUAUAUUAAGAGGGAACAGGCACAUGAGCAGAGAAAGGUUGAAGAUUUUCUGAAAUUGAUGGUUGAGGAUUACGGCACGAGCAUAAAUAGAGUAGUUACUGAGACACAAACGCAAACUAAUCGACGUAAAGUUACAGUUCUACCGACCACCGAUGAUAUCAAAAAGCUGCAUACGUAUGUGAAAUCUGAGCGUGCCAAGUAUUUCUCUCAAUUGAAUGAGAAAUUCUCAUUUGAAGCCUGGAAGGCACUUGCGGAAGUAACCCUCUUAUCACUUCAGAUAUUUAAUCGACGAAGACCUGGCGAAAUCGAACGCCUUUAUCUGGAAGAUUUUAACAGUUAUCGUGGGCUGGAUAUGGACAAAGAUAAAGAGAUGUACGAUACCCUCAGUGAGGAGGGACGCCGACUCGCCAGGAGGUACGUGAGAUUUGAGAUUCGAGGGAAACUUGGGCGUGGUAUACCGGUUCUCUUAGAUAGUGAGGUCCUAGAUUGCUUAAAUCUCCUAAUUAAGCAUCGGAGCGAUGCGUGCAUCCCAGAAAAGAACACUUAUCUAUUUGCACUGCCCUCCAAUGACAAAGACCGCCCUCGAUACCUUUGA